AAAAAAUAUUAUUAUAAAAACACUGGGAAAGUUUGGCAUGUUGAAUUGUGGAAGCAUAUUAUGCGUCUACUGAUUAUGGCUUGACUGCAAAACAUGUGGGUCAUAGCUUGUUUUCUCAAUGGCCCUGUACAUAAAGAACUGGUCCUUUGCAUACUAGAUUCAUGCCCUCAGAGCCAUGUUCUUGCCAGAAACCACAUAUCAUCUCUCAAGAACUAAGUUUUACAUUCUGGGUGCAACACUUUAAAUGUAAUACACACCAUAAGCAUCAGAACAAUUUACAACUAGUUCAUAUCCAAAGUCAUGCAACCUCUAAUCUGCCGUUUAUUUCAUGUUAUCACUCCCAAAGAUCUGCAAAGAAAUACGUCAUCACUGAUUACCCAACAUAUGCAAGAUGUUACUUGAGAUUUAUUUAAUCAUUUCCACACAUCCAGUGGCAUAAAUAACAAUCUUCCUAGUUAAACAUUAAAUAAAAGGCAAAGUAUAUUUAACCUUUGAACAUGACCUUCUUAAAAGACAGGAACCGAUUCAUUCAGUCAUUUUAACACUAAUUUCAGACCAGGUGCUGGUCAUUAGUUUAAAUGCCAUUGAAUGUUGCCUGAAAACCUAUUGUUUAUGUAAAUCACACAAAAUCAUACAAGUAUGAUUAAUGAACCAAGAAAGAGUACAAUUUAAAUAAGCAACAGAUACAGAUCAAUAUGUGAUGUAAAUGAAAAUGCCUUCAAACAGCUUCUGAACAUUACUCACAAAUGAAACACUACACAAAACUGUUGGCACCCAAUCGAAAACCAGUUACCCAACCAGUAAAUGCAACCUACCUUGCUUAAGGUCUGUAAAAAACUGCUCUUCUCCAGCUAUGAGGAGUGCCACCCAUAUCUACUUCUCUAGUGGGGGCUAAGAGGCGGGGCUACGGUACAUGUCUAGAAAGAUCGAAUGGGCAGAGCCAUAAUAUCCAUCCUAAUUUAAGACCUUGACAUUUGUGGCGCACAUUUCAAUGACCGGCAUCGGCUCCCCUGCUAUAACUUUUGUUGGUCUGGCAUUUCAAUAUAGAUGUUUAUAAAUACAGCUUAUGUUUAGGUUAUAAUGUAUUAUUAAGGGUCAAUAUAGAAAGGUCACUUAAUUGUUUAGGUUAAACAGGUCACAGGUGGUUGGUUAUUUACUUCAUUAAGUACGAUCUUGACUGGUCCAUGCUAAUUUAUGACACGUGCUGACUGCAAUCUGUCGAUCUAGUGCGCGUGUACGACAAGGCUUACAUAGUUUUUUGAUUUACAGAGAGGACACAAGAAACACUGUCACUUGUGUUUAUUAAUGUUUGUAAUGAUUAUUUUUUACGAUUGUGGAAGGAAUUCUCCGAAGGAAUUUUGCACUACAUCACCUAGACAUCCAAGCUAUAUUAUUCCCUGAAAGCUAAUAACGAUGCUUUUAAAUAUUAUGAAUGAUGAUACAUAGACGUUUUUGGACUGACUUUUUGUACUGUAGCUCAAGAUGCGGGGUAAACACGCUUCACGGGUCCCAUUUACCAGACUAAAUAUAUUUGUUCAUUGCUUACAGGAUUUCCAUCACCCCGUAUCUAAAUAUUAGCAUUAAGCUAAAUAUUAGCAUCAGGUGGUUGUGAUGCAGCGCUUUCAGCUGGUGUACGUGCUAGACGUGACUUUCAUUCUCUUCUCCAUCACAAUACAGGUUACCACGACCCACAUGUGUUGUAACCACAACAAUAUGCAAGUAAAACAUGUUUGUAUAAAAAAGAAAGCAUUUUUCCACGGACCGCUUUAAGGUACACAACGUGAGUGUUGCUUAACAGGAUGCCUGGUAUUCCCGUAGCCUGUUGUUCCACAUCUGCUUCAUAACCAUGCAGGAAGCUGUGAACUUGGAAUCCCAGCUGGCCUGUAAAGAAAGAGAAUGGAAAGAACUUCAGGCUUUGCGGGUCCAACAACUGGAGACCGCUCUAAAUGAUGCCACUUCAGAGCUUUCGGUCCAGAGAGAGCGGUUCCUCCGUUUGAGGGAUGACUUUCAAUACAACCUGCGUGUGUUGGAAGAACGGGACAAAGAGCUGGAGCGUUACGAUGCCUUAGCAGCCCGUGCUCUGACCGAGGACGGCGCCAGACACGAAGAAGUCAGUGAGCUGAGGAUCGAGAUAGCAAAACUCCAGGAUGCUCUGGAGGAACACAGGAAGAUGAAAGGUGAUUUGGAAUUGCAGUAUCAGAAGAGGGGAGUCGAGCACCGACUGAAACUGGAAAAGGUCCAGAGGGCGAUGGAAGGCGAAAUUGAGAAACUCAGGGAGGAGAAUGAAACUUUGAGACGGGAUCUCCAGAGACGAAUUCGAGAGUCUGAUGGGGAGCUGGCGCUGCAGAAGCAGGAAAUGAUGUCAGAUUUUGACAGCGAGAUAAGAAGGCGAGAACACGAGUUCAGUCUGAAGCUGGAUGAGAUGAACAAUGUUAUUCUUUCCCACGAGCUUCAAGAAAAGCUUUUGAACAAAGAGCUGGAGGUCCAUGCCAAAGCUCACAGUCAGGCCACUGGGGCUCUGCAGGCAUCUGAGGUACUUUACCAGAAGGCUCAGAAAGAGGUCCAGCACAAAGGUUGGGAGCUGAAAAACACCACUGCGAUGAAAGACUCCAGGAUAAAAGAGCUUGAUGACAAACUACAACAAAUUGAGAGAAAUUAUAAGAAAGACCGGGAAGCCUAUAACCGGAAGCACGCAGAGCUAGAACGGAGGUCUCGGGAGAGCAAGGAUGCCCUGGAUCUCAUGAGAGAAGCUCAUGCCAGGAAUCUCCUGGAAGAGAAGGGCAGGACCUCAGAACUGCAAGCCAAACUGGACAGGCUGAUCCUGGAGCAUGAGAGGAGAGAAAAGAGCCACAUGGAUGACCUCAACCAUAAAGACCAGCAGAUACAGGAGCUCAGAACACAGCUGGAAACAACUCGAUCUGGCUGGGAUACUUACAUCACUCAGGUCUCCAAAGAAAUUGUUGCCAAGGAUACAGAGCUGCUUGCUGGAGGAGAGAGAGAGGCCAAAGUGAAGGCAGAGCUACAAAAGUUUAAGGAGGAUGUGGAGAGGUAUAAGCAGCAGGUGACUAUUGGUCUGCAGAGGGAACAUGCACUGGAGCAAAAGAGAGUUCAGUUGGAGUUGGACUGGGAACGUCGGUGUGAGGGGGUGCGUUCUGAACAUUACCUGAAGAGUGAGGAGCUCAUCCAAAGCCUGACACAGGCCAGAGAUCAGGUAACUGCUGAGUUUAAAGAGAAGGAACGUGAGUUACAGGAGACGGUGGCUUUGCUGAAAAGUGUCACCGUAGAGAGAGACCAGGCACUUCGACGAACCAAACCAGCAUCAACUGGAGCCCAGGCAUCUGCAGUGGACAGCAGUAGUUUCCCUUCAGAGGAGAUCAGGAGACUCCAGCAGCAGAACAGUACUCUAAGAAGUGUAGUGGCUGAAAUGAGGAAAGAUAUGGAGAACCUGUGCAAACAGAUGCCACCAGAUCAGAGCCAGAACCCAGCCAGGAGCAAAGAUACAGAUCACAGCCCUGCAGGUCAAACAAAAAAAUGUAAUAUAGAGUACACUCAGGCGUUGGAGAGGGAAAUCAAGGAGCUCAAGGCCAGAUGUCGGGAUCUUGAGGGGCGGUUGGAGGAGGCAUCCAAGACCGUCAAUAUUUCCAACACUCCAGCCUUUGCACUUCCUCUUUCCCCUGACAAUGCUUACCUCCAAAACCAUAUCAGAUCCCUCAAUGAGACCAUAGGUGGGCAGAGAGCAGAGAAAGUGGCCAGUGCAGCUGCUCUGAAGAAACAGGAAGUGAGACUUGCCCAUUUGGAGUCUGCUGUGGAGCAGCUCACCCAACAAUGUCAUUUAAAAAACGUUGAGAACGAGGGGUUACAUCUGGAGCUGGCCAAUCAGAAGAGAGCAGCAGCUGCAAAGGAGGCCAAGCUGAAACAAAUAUUGGCUGCAACUGAGCUGGAGUUACAGGAAGUGAGAAAGGAGGCUGAAGAGUACCAGAAAGGCAGUUUAUUCCAUAACUUGGAGAAUGUGGCCCUUGGAAACCAGGUAUCAGCAUUAAAGGUGGACCUUGCAAGCAGGAGAGAGCCCAUUGUUCUUAACCAGAGUGAGACUGUGAAGGAGCUUCAGGAGGAGAAUCUGUUACUGAGACGGCAGCUGCUGUUAGGAAGAUCCGCCAGAGGGGGUGCCCUGGGUGAUGUCGUUCUGCUUCAAUCGAAGCUCAAACAGGCUGCACGCUUGAUCUCCAGCCUCAGUCAGGACAAACGGCAACUCAUUGAAAUGGGCAACAGGCUCCGAGCGCAGCUGAUAGAGGCAGGAAUAGAGGUUCCUCGGGACCCAAAAAUCAUAAUCAGACCAAGCACUGUUCCAGAACAAAGCCUGGUGGGAAAAGAACCCUGCCAGUCUGAGCAUGGGCUCCUGUCAAAGGGUCGCUUAUCUACCUUGGAACAGCUACAGUACCAGUUAACCACUCAGGAACUGCAAUAUGCUCAGAGAGAUCAGAAUGAGAGAAAGCCUAUCGUAGUUCAUCCUCGGUUCUCGGACAGCGAGAGUUCAGACAAACACAAAACCAUCAACCCAUGGGAUCCACCUGCCAGAAACAAGUUUGUGGGUAGCAAAGAAAACACACCCCCACUACUUAACCACUCUGGAGGCCCGGUGCCACUUUCCGGGCCACCCCACGCCCUGCUUUCGUCUGUGGGUACAGACGAGUCUCUACAGGAAGUGUGGAAGAUGUUGGAUCGAGGUUUGAGUUCAUCUCUUUUUUCUCCAAGUGAAAGUGAGGACAAAGGCAAAUUGGCUGCAGACAUGAGAGCACAAGAUAGUGCCGGUCAGCAACCUACUCCACUGGUCAGCGUAGAAGGCACAAAAGCAUCACUCCAAGAAAAGAAGAAACAAAGUCGAACAUUUGUACCUGUACAAAAGACACGGCCUGCUGGAAAUUUGGGAAAGAUACGAAAUUACAACAUUAAAGACUAAAAAAGACAUGAUCCCUCUGAGCCACCUUUUUUGAAGGAGUACACUAGUAGUGUAUUUUUAUUUUGCAUUGUGCUUUUUUGUAACUUGUUUUAAUAAAUAAUUGUAUGAUG